GAGCGCGCGGGUCACGAGUUGCCAACGCGGCCGGCGGCGGCGACAUGGCCUCGGAGCGGGACGUGCGCGCCCGGCUGCAGCGCGCCGGCCAGGAGCACCUCCUGCGCUUCUGCGCCGAGCUGGCGCCGGGGCCGCGCGCCGCGCUGCUGGCCGAGCUGGAGCCGCUGGAGCCCGAAGCGCUGCGCGAGCACUGCCGGAGCGCGGCCGCGGCCUGCGCACGCCCCCCGGGCCCGCCGCCCGGCCUGGCCACGCGCCUGCGGCCCCUGCCCCCCGAGCGCGUGGGCAGCGCGAGCCGGAGCGACCCCGAGACGCGGCGGCUCUGGGAGGAGGAAGGUUUCCACCAGAUCGCCCUGAACAAGGUGGCUGUGCUGCUGCUGGCUGGUGGGCAGGGCACUCGCCUGGGUGUGACCUACCCCAAGGGCAUGUAUCAGGUGGGGCUGCCCAGCCAGAAGACCCUGUAUCAGCUGCAGGCAGAGCGGAUUCGGCGGGUGGAGCAACUGGCUGGCGAGCGCCACGGGACCCGCUGCACUGUGCCCUGGUACAUCAUGACGAGUGAGUUCACACUGGGGCCCACCGCGGAGUUCUUCAAGGAGAAUGACUUCUUCCAUCUGGACCCCAACAAUGUGAUCAUGUUUGAGCAGCGCAUGCUGCCUGCUGUGACCUUCGAUGGCAGGGCCAUCCUGGAGCGGAAAGACAAGGUUGCCAUGGCCCCAGACGGCAACGGGGGACUCUACCGCGCGCUGGCGGACCACCGGAUCCUGGAGGACAUGGAGCGCCGAGGAGUUGAGUUUGUGCAUGUGUACUGCGUGGACAACAUCCUGGUGCGGCUCGCUGACCCCGUCUUCAUCGGCUUCUGCGUAUUGCGGGGCGCGGACUGCGGCGCAAAGGUGGUGGAAAAGGCAUACCCUGAGGAGCCCGUGGGCGUGGUGUGCCUGGUGGACGGUGUCCCCCAGGUGGUCGAGUACAGCGAGAUCAGCCCCGAGAUUGCGCAGCUUCGCGCACCGGAUGGGGGCCUGCUCUAUAAUGCAGGCAACAUCUGCAACCACUUCUUCACCCGAGGCUUCCUUCAGAUGGUCACGAGGGAGUUUGAGCCCUUGCUGAAGCCACACGUGGCUGUGAAGAAGGUCCCAUACGUGGACGAGGAGGGAAACCCGGUAAAGCCGCUAAAACCGAAUGGGAUAAAGAUGGAGAAGUUUGUGUUUGAUGUGUUCCAGUUUGCUAAGAACUUCGUGGCCUUUGAAGUGCUGCGGGAGGAGGAGUUCUCCCCUCUGAAGAAUGCUGACUCGGCCGACAGGGACAACCCCUCCACCACCCGGCGGGCCCUACUCGCUCAGCACUACCGCUGGGCCCUGCAGGCCGGGGCCCACUUCCUGGAUGCUCACGGGGCCCAGCUCACCGAACUGCCCAGCCCGCGCGGCAGUGGAGAGCCUGCGGCUGUGUGUGAGAUCUCGCCCUUGGUGUCCUACUCUGGAGAGGGUCUGGAGGUGUACCUGCGAGGCCGGGCGUUCCAGUCCCCGCUCAUCCUGGACGAGAACCGGGCCAGGGCGCUGCAGCCCUGACUCACUGCCAGACCUGCCCACCCGGGGUCCCCAGCACUGAAGACGUGACCCAACCUGGGGCUCUGGGUAGGAAGGCAGGCUGCUGUGCGUUUCCGGCGUGUGGAACACAGAAGGAAGUGCACUGGUUUUCUCCAGGAGGGUGGGACCUCUCCUGUCACCCAUUUCCAUGGACACAAGUGACCCAGGCCUGCCGUAGGCCAACUCAAGAUCUUGGCUUAGCUCCCGGCUGUGGAGUCUGAGCAGGAGGCAGAGGGACUCAAGACCUUGGACCGUGGGGCUGAGAGAAGGCUGUGGGGUGGGGCCCGAGGGAGGUGUGGCAUCAUCCUCAUCCAGCAGCGAGAGCAGCGGGCCCUGCCUCUGCUGUCCGAGCUGAGAUGUGAUGAGACAUGACAGGAAGGCGGCUCCUCUGCCCCACACGCAGAUCCGCGUGGUGAGAAGGAGUGCCAGCCACACGGAGAAGCAUCUCUGCAGACGUGCGGGUCAGGGGAGGAGAGGAGGGGACAGUGUCCUUCCCUCACAGGGUGACGUGUUUACAGGGGCUGCCCCUCCCUCCCUCGAGGCUGAACCAGUGACCGGGAUGGGCCGGGGGCUCACAGCCCAGCCCCCUCCCUGCCCAGCUGAAGCCACUGCAGAAGGAGUCUGACUCCUCCAUAAGGGCUGUCUGCGCCGGGAGAGCUGGCUCUCAGAGAAGCUCGGCUUGCACACCUGAGACUCAGUUCUCUCCAUCCCUCUCCGAGGCCUCAGCCUCGGUCACGUCAGUGGCUGGCGUAAGAUGCUUAAUUUUAUGUGCUUCCUCCAGAAUCAGCAGGACCAAUACGGGUGGCCUCCUGCAGUGGGUGACUAAUUGGAAUUCACCUAGGUGGGCAGUGCCAUCCCUCGCCCGGCCCCCCAGGAGCUUCUAACAGAUCUUGGUGCUCACGCUCCUCCCCUGCUCUCUGGGGGGGACACAGCCUCCAUAUUUGGGGCCACGGCCCUCGCUACUCCCCUGCAGCCUGGCCGAGGCUGGAGGAAACCAGCUGGCUCUGGCCUCUUCCCCUAGCUUUGCGGUCUGGGCCCCAGCGCCUGCUCUCCCCUCUGGAAAACAACACAGUGGCUCCCACCUCUCCCUGUGAUGUGAGGAGCAGCAUUAAAUGCAGCCUGAUGCUCCACCAGGUCACCCGAACCUCCCUGGCCCCCCACUGCAGCCCACGCAUGAAAACCGCUGGUUUCCCCAGGGCAAGGAUGCUGGCUCGGGGUGGGUUCAGAUGCAGAUGGACUCCAGCGGUUUGGAGCAGACAGAGGCUGCGUCCAGGCAUCCCGACCCUGGCGUGACAGCCCGGUCAGGGCCACGCCCAGGCUCUGCCAGCCUUUUGCAAACCUCAGAUUCGAACCACAUGCCUCAGGAUUCUUCUCUCAGCUGCUCCACAGGCAAGCAGAGGGCCAGGGGCACAGGAGGGUCAGCCAAGCUGGGGGCCUGGGUCCAGGUUGGGUCCAGGUUCUGCCCACCUUGGCUCCUCACUGCCCUGACUGCACCACCUUUUUUCUACACAAGUCGAGUUAGUUGGGUAAAUGGUUGUAACAGCUCGCUCUUUAAACGUUUUAUUUUCAAAUAAUUAUACCUUCACAUAAAGUUUCAAACAGCACAGACAGGUCCCGGGGACCCUUUGCAGUUUCCUGCAGCGUUGGCGUCUCAGGUGAUCACAGGACACCAGCGGGCCAGGGGAGGCUGCUGCUGCUCUGCAGCACUCAUCACAGGUGUGGACUCCUGUGCCGCCCUGCACUCGAGAGGCAGAUGUCCCCUCACCACAGAGACCUCCCUCGUGCUGCUUUAAGUCACCCCUAUCUCUGACCCCGGACUCCUGCGAAUGAAACUGAGUUUUGAAAGAC